AUGGAGAAAGAAGAGGAGGCUGCUUCAGUUCAUGAGGAUAUGACUCACCAACACAUGAUCAAUCCACAUGUUCAAAGGCGUAAAGGGGGCUUCGUUACCAUGCCUUUCAUUAUAGCAAAUGAGGCACUAGCUAAGCUGGCUAGCGUAGGGCUUUUUCCAAACAUGAUAUUGUAUUUGAUAGGAGAUUACAAGCUGGGAGUAGUGAAAGCAACCAAAAUUAUGUUCUUAUGGUUUGCUGCUACCAAUUUCACUCCUGUGAUGGGUGCUUUCAUCGCUGAUUCUUAUUUGGGUCGCUUCCUUGCCAUUGGUUUGGGUUCAAUUAUCAGUUUCCUGGGAAUGGCACUGAUGUGGUUAACAGCCAUGACCCCUCAGACAAGGCCUCCCCCUUGCAGCCACUCAACUGAAAACUGCCAAUCUGCAACAACAGGCCAAAUUGCUAUCUUAUUGUCUUGCUUUGCUCUCAUAUCCAUUGGAGGCGGUGGCAUCUCAUGCUCCUUAGCAUUUGGUGCAGAUCAACUUAACAAAAAAACCAAGGCCAAUAACGAGAGGAUCUUGGAAAGCUUCAUAAGCUGGUACAUAGCUUCUCAAGCUAUUGCUGUCGUUUUUUCCUUGACGGGAAUAGUUUACAUCCAAGAUCAUUUUGGAUGGAAAUUGGGUUUUGGUGUUCCAGUAGCCCUUAUGUUCUUGUCCACUAUCUUGUUCUUCCUCAUUUCUCCACGUUAUGUGAAGCAGAAACCACAAAGCAGCAUUCUCACUGGCUUUGCACAAGUAAUUGUUGUUGCCUAUAAGAACAGAAAGCUUUCAUUUCCACCUAAGGACAUGGCUGGAAUGUAUCACCAUAAGAAGGACUCAACCCUUGUUGCUCCAACUGAUAAACUGAGGUUUCUGAAUAAAGCUUGCAUCAUCAAAGACAGAGAACAAGAUACAGCCUCAAAUACAUGGAGUCUUUGCACAACAGAGCAAGUAGAAGAACUAAAGGCCAUAAUUAAAGUUAUUCCCCUUUGGUCUACCAAUAUCAUGGUGGCAGUCGGCACUAGCCAAAACUCAUUUUGGUUGCUCCAAGCUAAAUCCAUGGACAGACAUAUAACUUCAAACUUUGAAAUCCCAGCAGGCUCUUUUGGUGUCUUCAUGAUGCUGUCAGUAUUUAUAACUGCGAGUGUCUAUGAUCGUGUCAUCCUUCCUUUAGCAUCAAAAGUCAGAGGAAAGCCAGUUAGGAUUAGCGCCAAAACUAGAAUAGGAAUUGGGUUGUUUUUCUCCUUCGUGGACUUCAUAGCUUUAGCAGUUAUUGAGAGUAAAAGGCGAAGGAAAGCAAUUCAGGAGGGAUAUAUUGAUAAUCCUCAAGCAGUGUUGGACAUGUCUGCAAUGUGGCUUAUCCUACAUAACAUUGUGUGUGGUAUAGCAGAAGCAUUUAACGCAAUAGGCCAAUCAGAGUUCUAUUACUCUGAGUUUCCAAGCAGCAUGUCAAGCAUUGCCGCGUCCCUAUUCAGCCUAGGAUCUGCUGUAGGAAACUUGGUAGCUUCAUUUUUAGUCAGCAUUGUGGAUAACAUUACUUCCAGAGGGGGUAAAGAGAGCUGGGUUUCAGAUAAUAUUAACAAGGGUCACUAUGACAAGUAUUACUGGCUUCUUGCCAUGAUGGGUUUUGUUAAUAUACUGUACUAUUUGGUUUGCAGUUGGGCUUAUGGACCUAGUGCUGAAGCUGCCUCCAAGAAGGAGGAACUGUUAACUGAACCAGGUAAUAGGGUUCAUCAUGAGCAAGGAGAGGCAAUGCAAGGCUCCAAUGUGGAACAAAUGCUGAAUCCCAGAUAAUUGUUCACUAAAAUUAAUCAGUCAUGCUGGUCACACUGUUGAUUAAAAACGUUUACUACCAAAAUGGGAGCCAGACUCAAUUUGGAUAGUAGCUUUCUAUUUUACUUUUUUCCCAGGUUCUGCUGUUGUAGCAGUUGCGUCCAUGAAUAAUAUUAUUUGUGCACAGCAAUUGCAUCUUGCAAUGUAAGUUUUAAUUAAGAAGAGCAAAACUGAACUAGCAUGUCAUAAUUUCUUGUCCAUGGGGUGAAAACAAACUAACAAGAAUGAUUUUCUUCCGAGGAUCCAUUGUAAAGUAUAGGAAGAUAUGGUUGGCAUGUGCAAAAAGGGAGUG